UAUCAAUUCUCUCGACGUAACUUUUUUCUACUAUGGGUUUACUUAAGACAAUGAAAGCUGAAUUGGAAAUAAUGCGACGUGAGAAGAUAUACAUGGAAGCAUUCCUGACAGCUGCGGAAAGUGCACUCGAAGAGAAAAGGAGACUUCUUACAAUGUAUAAAGCCAUGGCAAAACUUGCUGAUGAUUUUCUGGACGUUUUAGUGGAAGCAGGAUGUGUUGAUAACGUUGAUGAAAGUAACGACCAGGAGCUUGACGAUGAAACCAUGAAGGAAUUGGUGGAGGAAGCUAUAAGGGACUUUAAUGAAGCGUUGAACGAAGCGCAAUCUCGAAGGAUCAACCCCAAGGGUGGCGGAAACGGUGGAGGGUAUGACGGUGGCUCCGGUGAUGAUCACAACCUCGAUGGAACCAAUACUAAUAUAGGGAAAGAAGCUGGUGGAAGCGGCGGUGGCGAUAAGGGUGGCGGCGGUGGUGGCCACGUAGUAUAGGUCGAGUGCUCUCGGGUUUAUAAGGUUUUACAAAAAUGAAUAAAAAGAUCGGUUAGGAGUAUCUUUUGUGAAGCACGAAUUUUUCCUUUGGGUUAGAAGUCCUUUCCUUCUAUUAUCAAAUUAAUUACGAUUAAAGAAAAACAGUUAAUGGUCAUGUG